AUGGCUGUUAGUGGGUAUAUACAUACUCGAAGGUCCAAGAGCAUUGAUUUAGCUUCGUACGAUCCUGAGCUUGAACGAACACUUCGAAAGCUUCAGAGAAAAAUCAAGCCGAAGCGUGCAUCGGUGUCCUUACCACCAUCUUCUCCACUACAUUUGAGUUCUGAAGAGGAGGAAGAACCACAAGAAGGCAUGGCUAAUAACCGUACUUUGAGGGAGUUGGCAACGCCGAAUACGGAUCAACAACCAUUGUGCAUCACCUAUCCAAAUGCAGACGGAGGAUUUGAGCUAAAGUCCGACAUGAUUCACUACUUGCCUAAGUUCCAUGGCUUCUCAACAGAGGAUGCCAACAAGCAUCUCAUGGAGUUUCACGUGGUAUGCUCGGGAAUAAGACCAGCAAAUGUGGAUGAGGAACAAGUCAAGUUGAGGGCAUUCCCAUUUACAUUAGAAGUCAAGGCAAAGGAGUGGCUUUACAAUUUACCUCCGGGAUCAAUGAACACAUGGAACCAGGUGAAGCAAGCAUUUUUGGAGCAAUAUUUUCUAGCCAUAAAAGCUGCAAGCAUAAGGAAGGACAUAUGUGCAAUCCGACAACAACAUGGAGAACCCUUUGGAGAUUACUAUGAGCGAUUCACACAUUUGGCUGCAUCUUGUUCUAAUCAUCAAAUUUCAGAGCAUCUUUUAAUACAAUAUUUUUAUAAAGGAUUGUGUGGUACUGAUCGUGUAAUGCUUGAUGCAGCAAGUGGAGGAGCAUUCAUGGACAAGACACCAACUAAUGCUAAGGCAUUGCUAAAGAACAUUGCUGGCAACACACGACAAUUUGGAGGGAGAGAUGAGCUACCUCUUAAGAAAGUUAACGAGGUUAUGGUGGCUCCAAAACAGGUGUGCGGUGUAUGUUCAAUGAUGGGACAUGCCACGGACAUGUGCCCUUCGUUGAUAGAUCAAGGUGGUCUUAAGCAAGCUAAUGCGUUAGGAGGAUUUCAAGGGCAACAAAGGCAAAAGUAUGAUCCAUAUUCCAACAACUAUAACGCAGGAUGGCGCGAUCAUCCACACUUAAAGUGGAACAAUCAAGACAAUGGACAACAAUCUGUUCCCAACAACUAUAACCGUCCACUUGGCUUCUUUCAAGCAAGACCGCAAGCACCAUUUCAGUCUCAACAACAACAAGCUCUAAGUAAGUCUCUUGAGGAUUUAAUUGCUUCUCUAGCUAACUCUACUCAAUCUCAUCAACAGAAAACAGACAAAGCAAUUGAAAACCUUGAGCGCCAAAUGAGUCAGUUAGCAAGUUUGAUGGGGCAACAACACCAACCAGGAAGGUUGCCUAGCCAAACCGUGAUGAAUCCAAAUGCGGAGCAGAUGAAUGUUGUGACUUUAAGGAGUGGAAAAGAAGUUUUUAAGCAGUCGAGGAUGCAAAAGAGGACUAGAAAAGACACAAUUGAACAAGAGGAGCUACAAACCAAGAAUCUUGAGCAAGAUGAGGCUUCAACAGAAACUGAAAAGUCUCAUAAAGAUACAGAAUUGAACAAAAAAGAUUUUGAUAAGUUGGAAUUGUUGGCGUAUCGGAUCUACGCCGUCGGGUCGAAACUCAAAUUCUAG